UCAGACUUCCCAGAACGUGUACGUAAAUCGAUCACAGUGGGCUCCGUAAAAAGUGUUGUUUAAUGGCACACAGUCCAUUUGUUAUCAUCGAUGGUGGCGUUGGCGUAGUCAGGUCUCCUUUCUGCCGGAGUUGAAGAGUGCUUUUGGUGUAGUCUUCGGCAGUAAGUCGCGAAACACGCAGCCGGACGGUCGGCGUGGCGUGUGAGUGUGAGAGAGAGAAAGAGAGUGAAAGUGGCGGCAACGACGACGAUGAUGAUGAUUAUGAUGAUCCUCUGAAGGUCCGGAAUUUAAUCCCAAACCCCAAAAGAGAACUCAUCCCCUUCAUCUCAACCAGUUCGUUAUAUUGUUCUUCCUCCAAUCGCACGGAAGUAUGUGGACCAAUUCCGCCACCCCCUUUAUCACAUUCCUACUCGUGUUUUGUUCGAUGAUGUUGGUCGUCGUAGGCUUGCCGUUGAUGAGGCAGGAGCGCGGCGCCGGCGAGGACUUAAUAGCGGGCGAGGCUUUUCUCUCGAUGCUGAUAAGACCUAGAGCUAGACCAACUUCAACCUCGACGACAACAACAACGUCGUCGACGACAACGAUGGCUGCAACAACGACGACAUCCACGACGGAAUCAACGACGCAGGCGGACGAAGUGAUUCGGGAAACCCGCAGUUCGGUGUACGAACCGAGGACGUUCACGAAACAGCCAACACUGAGUCCCAGUGAAAGCCUAGGUGGUGUUAGUAGUUUUAAGCCCAGUGAACCAGAAGUAAAAGAUGCUGUGUCGGUGCGUGUUUCGACCUCUACGAAGAACGAUUCAGCGACUGCAAAGAAGCAGCAAGUCUCGAAUUCAGAUGGAAGCAAGAGCGAAUUUGAUGUCGAUGAAUCAGAAUCGGCGACUGAUCAGUACGAGGCUCUGCCGAGUCCUUCGCCUCUGACCUACGCAAAUCCCUACCAUCAGGUGAUAUACCACAAUAGCAGGGAGUUGAACCGCGCCAGGUCCGUUUCGUACAACACGGCCAUCCAGAAUGUGGACACCAAUGAGACAAAAAGUACGGCGGAAAGCAAGAACUACUACGUGACCAAGUAUCCCAAAUACUAUACGGACAAGAGCAGUUGGGCUACGCCGAACUAUUAUCCACAGCCAGAGCAAAACUACGAAGUAGAUGAGUCUGUGAGCGUGGAGACCAACGGUCGAGCGCACGGUGUUCAGGAAGCCCAAAAGAAAAAGGAGGACAACCAGAAGCAUGGGUACGUGGUGGAAGGAAGGAACUAUCGCAAGUACCGCGUGGAGGAGCGUACUUCAGAUGGAUUCAUCGUUGGGGAAUACGGGGUCGUAAGCCACGAUGAUGGUUCGCUACGAGGAGUCCGAUACACGGCCGAUGGUACAAUAAACCCACGGCUCAUCUACGACGCCCUCAUGAAAUUCUUAUCGCUGUGAUGACUUCCGGUGCCAAUCCACUCGUACUGAUUUACUUCCUAGUUCCUCAUAAAAAAAUAUCCAUUGCCUAUUUUAAUACUCGCUUUACGCACACUCAACAAAUAAUUAUGUAAAAAAAACUUUUCCGAUUUGUUGAUUUAUUUCGAUGCACUCACCAAAAUU